AUUUGUACAUCGAUAGAACGUAAUAUAAAUUCUCUCCAGAUUGCAGCCAAUCAUAACAGAGAAUAUUUUACAAUUGGCCAAUGAAUAGCAUCGAAGAAACGAAUUCCCUUUUCGCAUUAACGAAGGAACAUCAACAAAUACUUUCAACAAUGUUGGCAACUCCAGAAACGUAUUCCCUUCGAAGGACAUCUUGUCUUUUCGUAAUAUCGAGAGAUUCACCGAUCACAGUUCGGAUAAUCAAAGAAAGUUUCACGUAUUGAACUUCCGAAGGAAUGGCGUUGAAAGGGCAUGUGGUCGGAUACUAGAGAAGAAGAGGAGGAAGAAGGAGACGAAAAAAUGUAGGCGAAAGAGAAAGAAGUUCCCCGGUUUCUUUGUUUCUCUCGUUUUCGCGAGGGAGAGUCACGCACGCACUCGGAGGGCCGCUCCUGUGACACGUAAUGGUGCGCGCGAUUCAUAUCGGAGCGAACGCACUGUAACGCGAGGAACGCUCCGCCCUAUGAACGUCGAGAGAGUCCAGUAUCAAGAAGGAAAGGACGCCUGUGGCAACUGUGGCUUCGUUCUCCGAAGUUGUUGCCGCCGCUGCUGUUGCUGCUGCUGCUGCUGCUGCUGCUGCACCUUGCGUUGAUAUCGUGGAGCAGUUGAUCGUCGAGAGUACCUAAGCAGAAAGAAGAAGAAGAAGAAGUAGAAGAAGAAGAAGAAGUAGAAGAAGAAGAAGAAGAAGAAGAAGAAGUAAAAGUAGAAGAAGGAUAAAAAGGAGAAGAAAAAGGAGAAGCAGCAACAGAAGAAGUAGAAGAAGAAGAAGAAGAAAAAGAAAAAGAAAAAGAAAAAGGAGGAUAGAACCGGUUGAAAAAGACGUUCGAGGUGGAAGAAAGGAAAAGGUAGAGUGAAGGAGAAAGGAAGAAGAAGAAGAAGAAGAAGAAGGAUCGAAAGGUUGAGCGACCCUGAAAGGGGUAGGAGAAGGUGGACGAAGUGGAGGAGGAGGAAGCGGAGGCGGAAAGAGUAGGAGAAGAGGAAGAGAAGGAGGAGGAGAAGGAGGUGAAGAAGAAGAGGAAGAAGAGGAGGAGGAGGAGAAGAAGGAGAAGGAGGUGAGGGGAGAAGGAAGAGGAAGAGGAAGAGGAGAAGGAGAAAGAGGAGAAGAAAGAGGAGAUGAGCUCGGUGGGUGACUCGACAAGUGCGGUGCUCGGCUGCUCGACGAAAGGCGGCAGAUAGCGCCAUUAGAAGAAAAGACCGACGCGUUGCUGGUACGAGAAACGCGAUGCCGAGCCGUUGCUCCGCGGCCCUGGCCCAAGAAGAAGGGGAAGAGGAGGAAGAGGAGGAGGGAGAGGACGAGGCCCACAGGCCCCGUCGACGUCGUCGACGAAGAAGACGAAGAUCCUACUGCUACCUCCUCUUUAGCGUUCCUCUCGUCUUCUUCCUUUCGUCUCUCUCGAUCGCGGAUGCUUUACCGUUUCAUCCUGUGCCGACGCACAAAGGGAUAACACGUAGAUCAUACAUCAGAUACUACGAGCCAGCAUCUUAUGACACGGUGGCAUUGAGACGUCAUCGUGACAGGACGCGUCGCGACGUUUCCGAUUCUACCGAAAAUCAACCUCUUCUUUUACGUUUGAAAGCAUUGGAUAGAUCGUGGACGAUACGAUUGAUUCGCGACGACACUAUCUUCAGUAAGGACGUAACGUUCGAAGGCACUCAUGGCUCUAUACCAUUCGACGUUUCACAUUCAUACGCUGGCACCGUCCUUGAGGACGAAAACGCAGUGGUACAGGGUGUGGUGACAACCGAUGGACUCUUCGAUGGUACGAUCGCGACCAAGUUCGAAGAGUUUUAUAUCGAACCAACUGCGAGAUAUCUCGAUGAGAACGAAGACACGUCUCCAACCUACCAUAGCAUCGCUUAUCGUACAUCCGACGUAACCGUGCCUCCGCAUCCAUUACCGUGUGCGAGUCAUCAAUUACACGAAGGCUCUCUUCGAGACACGUUUGAUAGAGGCAAGACUUACAACGAUACUUCAGAAGGAUUUUACGAGCCCUUGUUGGAUAAUAAAAUUGGUCUCUAUUCGAAAGAAAGCCAUGGGAGAAUAUUGAAUUUGGAAACGAAGAACGAAGCUCGUUACUACGAUAGAUCUAGCGGAGAUCGAGUAGCCAGACAUUUACACAAACGUGCGACCGUCGAUCCACGAAAAACAACUUGCAUGCUUUACUUGCAAGCUGAUCAUCAGUUUUUCGCUAGAUACGGCACGGAAGAAGCUUGCAUCGAAGUGAUGACGAGGCAUGUACAGAAGGUCAACUCUAUAUACAAACACACGGAUUUCAAUCAGGAUGGUAGACCGGAUAACAUCAGUUUCAUGAUAAAACGUGUGAAAGUUCAUAGCGAGGACGCUUUGAGGGAUCUCAAUUAUCGAUUUCCGGGUAAUUACGGUGUCGAGAAAUAUCUAGAAUUAUUUUCCGAGGAGGAUUACGAUGCGUUUUGUUUGGCUUACAUGUUCACGUAUCGGGACUUUGAAAUGGGAACGUUAGGUCUAGCUUGGACUGGAGAUUUGAAGAAUGCUGGAGGAGUUUGCGAAAAGAACGGGCAUUAUCGUGGUAGCAUGAAGUCCUUGAAUACUGGAAUAGUGACCCUGCUGAACUACGGAAAGCACGUUCCACCCGCGGUAUCUCACGUCACAUUGGCACACGAGAUCGGUCACAACUUCGGUUCGCCGCACGAUCCGGAACAAUGCACACCGGGCGGUGAAGAUGGAAAUUUCAUAAUGUUCGCCCGUGCAACCAGCGGUGACAAGCGUAACAACAAUCGUUUUAGUCCGUGUAGUUUGAACGCCAUAAAUCCUGUGCUCAACAGUAAGGCUCGUUCACCAAAAGGCUGUUUCACAGAACCUCAAGUAUCAUUGUGCGGAAACGGAGUCGUUGAGGACGGCGAAGAAUGCGAUUGUGGAUGGGAAGAAGAUUGUAGAGAUACUUGUUGUUUCCCUCAACGUCGUUAUCCACCUACAGAAGAGACCCCAUGUACACUUACGCCACGUUCAGUGUGCAGUCCUAGUCAAGGUCCAUGCUGUACAGCUGAAUGCAAUCUCAGGUUUGGAGAUAAGUGUAGGGAUGAUAACGGUUGUCGCGAUGCUAGCUUCUGCGACGGUAGAUCUCCCUAUUGUCCACCUUCGAUCAACAAACCCAAUAAAACUAUUUGCAAUCGUGAAUUGGUUUGCUUCAUGGGCGAAUGUACAGGAAGCAUUUGUCUUGCAUAUGGAUUAGAAUCUUGUCAAUGUAUUCCUGGUCCUAAUGAUCCUCCAACCAAAGCUUGUGAACUAUGUUGUCGUUUACCGGGUGAAAAUCAACCCUGUUUGUCAUCCUUCGAUUGGAAUUCACCACCGUACGAUAUUCCGGAUAUGUUCUCUAAACCUGGAACACCGUGUAAUGAUUAUAACGGUUACUGCGACGUCUUUCAAAAGUGUAGAGAAGUUGAUCCAAGUGGCCCGUUGGCAACGUUAAGAAAACUUUUAUUAUCCGAUGAAAGUCUCGCAACUGUUCGUCGUUGGGUAGCCGAUCAUUGGUACGCAGCGGCUCUUAUCAUUUUAGGAGCUAUAUCUUUAUUGGUUGUCAGUAUGAGGCUCCUAGGCAAGCGACCGGAUCAGAAACUCAAAUCGGUGACAAUAAUCCACAGCUCGACGACGGAAACGGUACGGUUGCCGCCGGAAGGUGCGGAGGGAGUGACGGUUCAUCCGGCAGCCGUUCGUGCAAAGCUUCCACUGAGCAGGAAAGUGAGAGAGAAGAGAAGACACCGGAAGCAUAAGGACACGCAUGCUGCUUCGGCCGAUAAAUCAAACAAGGAUGUUUUAAAGAAAAAGAAACAAAUGGCGAACCGGAGAUCCUCGACGGUGCCGGCCGAGGAAGUUGCCCGGAAACGACCAACGGAAACGUCAAACCCAACGACUGCUACCGUUACCGCUACUGCAGCAGCAGCAGCAGCGGCAGCAGCAGCGGCAGCAACGGCGGCGGCAGCGGCAGCGGCAGCUGGAACCGUAAUGCAAGAUAAUAAACGUAAGAAGAGUUCAAACUCGAGGGAGAAGCAAAAUUUAUCUAACAAUGCAGCCGGUAAUUCCGAGCUAGAUAAACGCAAACGGAAGAAACAACAUAGGAAAGAAGUCAUUGAUUAUUCCGCUAUACAAGCGGAAAAAGAAGCCGAACCGAAUGCCGAUCCUAAAAACAAAGUACGGUCGUGGUUAUUAGCUUCGUCUCAGUGUAGAUUAGAAAGUACAAGAACGUCCAGUGGUUUACCGAAAAGCAAAUCGACGCCGGUAGGAUUGACGGGCGGUAGUGGUAACGUUACUGGUGCAACAAGAUUGGCUCAAUCAAGGCAAACCGGUGUUCCAAGGAGACCUCUGGACUCCAGAGAGGUCAAAAGUUCGCCAGGUACUUUAGCUAGGAAGGAACGAGCGAGACUUCAAGUCGUCUAUAAGCCGCCCUUCAAGUUUAGCGUGAAACUACGUAAGGCCGAUAAAGUGGCUCAAGUGCCACCACCAGCGCCAACUUCGGCGCACAAUAAUCUCACGAGAUCCACGAAAUUGCCGAGAACCGGUGUGUUACUUAAAACUAAGAGAAGAGACAGAGUUAGAAUCGGUAGAGCCAGACAGAUAGCUCCUACUGGAAUAGGAAACGAUAGUGGAGAUUUACCAGAGCCUGCUAAUUCGGAUCUACAUACGGUACCAUCGGAUUUGGAGGUUCUGCUCUCUGAAAGCGAGUUUCUCUUCUCGGACACGUGACCCCAAGAAUCGAUAAUUAUUUCCAUCUAAAAAUUAACAACGUUAUUAUCUGCGUUCCCCAUUACUCGGCUGAAGAAAAUUUUAUUUUCGUAAAAAGAAAAAAGGAAAAAUGGAAUGCUGCCUGCCUCUACGCUUCCCUUUUUCUUGUUUUCCUCUUUUUCUUUUAUUUUUUCUCUAUUUCUUUCUUUCUCUCCUUGUCUUCCGAGUUAGACGUAAGUUGAGAAUGAACAAUCGAGUGUGGGUGUCCGUUAAAUGGAUAUUUAAGGGACGUGUUCAAAGGGAUGUGUUCUUAACAAGAUCUAUACAAUAAUGUGAACGUUGGUGAAAGAAGAUGCGACAAUUCUUUUUCUUUUCUUUUUUCUUUUCUUUUUUUCUUUUUUUUUCUCCCUUUUUUUUGGAAAAUUUCGCGAUCCUAUUACUUACUUGCUAUCUAUUUACAUACAUACUGACGUUUAAUCUUAUUAUCGGCAUUAAAAGCCAAGCCAAGAGAAAAAGAUUUCUUCUUUCGUAAAAAGGGGCCAAAUCUACCUUUAAAAAGACUAGAAGAAAUAUAUAUCGACGGAGUGAGCGAUUAAGCAAAGAUAAAAGAAGAGAGGAAGAAGAAAGAAAAAAAAAAGUUAUAAACAAAGACGAAGAAGCAAAAGAAGAAAUAUCGUAAAACUGUGCCAGAGUGUUCGUUUAUUUGCAAUUUGCAUUUCAGAAAAAAAAAGAGAGAGAGAGAGAGAGAGAGCAUACGUAAAUCUCUCCAUUAUAUAAAUAUUCGUUUAUAUACGAAACGAAGCGCUGCCUACAAGGACAAAAGAAACCCCCCUCCUCUUUUAAAAAAAAGAAAAUGAGAAGAAAGAAAUGAAAAUGAGGUGUAAUUUGCUACGUAUUCUUUUUUAUAUCGUCGAUACCAGUAAAUACUUUUCGAUACUACAAAUAAACUAUCGCGAUUGUCACGGUUAAAAGAAGAAGAAAUAGGACAAUUAUAGUAAUGAUUAUAAUAAUAAUAAUUUUUUUAUCUUUCUUUUUUUUAUUUUUUUAUUUUUUUAUCUUCUUUUUCUUUCUUUUUUUUUUUUUAUAACAGUGACUGUUACUGUCCAAGACUGUUUCCUAUUCGAAAGCAUUUUCUAUCGAUCGUUGUCUAUUUACAAUAACUAUCCUCAAACUGCCUAAGUAGUUGUUUCGAUGGAGUUUUCCUAAUGGUUCCUAUUAAUCGGCGAAAUCUGAUAACUUCGAACAAUAGCUUUGCGCCGAUGAUGAUUUGCUCGUUCUCGUUCCAAUUGUUAGAUUGUCUCAAAAUUCGAUAGACCUUCAACAUUUUUCAUUUUUGCUCGGUCAAAGUUUCAUAUUGCAUUUUUUUCUCUCUCUUUUUUUUUUUUUUUUUUUUCUUAUACCGAGUAAAUCAAAGGUGUAUAGGAAAUUUGGGACGAUCGUUGCUUUUAAAUAUCGAGAUAUACGUAUUAUGCUAUAAAAUGUAUCUACGUUUAGCGAACUCGUUUUAUUCAGUCAUUGGACUUCCAUUUUAUAAAAACACACACGGCAUAUAUAUAUAUAUAUAUAUAUAUAUAUAUAUAUAUCACGUGUAUUGAAGUUAAAAUUUAUUAGCUAGAAAAAAAUUUACAAUCAAAUAUAAUAUUGUCCGUUCUUACCGACAUAUAUUACCGUAUUUUAUUAGGGUGCUAAUAAUAAUUAUAGAAAGAAAAAAUAAUUUUACUUUAAUUAUAUUACUUAUAUGUAUAUGUAUUUUGUGUGCUUUGAAAUACUUCCUCGUAAUCAACCUAAUAAGGAUUUACGAGAAAUGUAAUUCGUGUAGAAGAAAAAGAAAAACGAAUCUCGUUUUUUAAUAAUUAAGUUUGCCGAUGUGUUAAGUGUUAAUUAAUUUCAUUCAACAUAUCUUUUUCUUUCUUUUGUUUUCGCUAUUCGAAAAAGCACAUAAAUUGUGUGGCGAUUCGUGCGCGAUCUUCACUCUAUACGUAUAUAGGGAAAGAAAAAAAAAACAUACAUACACACACACACACGCAUACGGGUUUAUAAGAGAAUGUCUUGUUUAGAGCGUCGAGAGAAUAUACAGAAUAGGUCUAAUGUUCCUGGAUGAUAUUAAAAAUCAAUUACUCUUUUUUCGAGAGGCUUCAAAGGAUAAAUUUUUGUUUUUGUUUUUUAUCAAAUUGUAAAAUUAAAAGUACAGCUUGUUAAACAACCUAUCUGAGUACAAUCCUAAGUUUUAAAAAGGAAUAAUUGAUUUUUAAUGUCUCAUAGAAACUUUUGGCUCAUCCUGUAUAAUGCUUAUAUAUCCUAUUGUAAUCGCUAAAGUGAAAAUAAAAGAGCGAGAGAGAGAGAGAGAGAGAGAGAGAGAGAGAGAGAGAGAGAGAGAGAAAUUGCUCGUUAAGUGUAACACGGAUGCGGGCUACUUUGUACAUACAUACAUACAUAAAGCGUGAAAAAAAAUGUGAUUUUACUUUUACAUGACCAGUGCUGCACAUACACAUACACAUGCACGAACAUACAUACAUACACUAAUUACACAAGAGCACUCAUUUAAUCCGCGAGGAUAUGUGAUUUUACUUUUAAGACCAAUCCGUGCUAAGUCGUUUUUUACAGUUAGGAACUUCUCCGAUAGGAGGGCCAGUAACGCAAAAAAAAAAAUAAAAUAAAAUAAAAUAAAAUAAAAUAAAAAUGAAGAAGAGAAGAUGAAAAAAACGUAUCAUACCCCGUUCACUUUUAAGGAUCCGCUUGUUGUGCCUAACUUGCGCGUCGAUCAAAAAAAGUGACCAUUAAUAAUUAAUAAUAAUAAUAUUAAUAUUAAUAUUAAUAAUAAUUAAUAGUAAUAAUAAUAAUAAUAAUAAUAAUAAUAAUAAUAAUAAUAAUAAUGAUAAUGAUAAUAUACUGAGAUCGUCUUAAAGACGUUCUUGUAAAAGAAAAUAAAAAGAAAAUGAAUGAGAAAUAGAGGGAAGAGUGGAGGAAAACGGAAAGGAGAGGAUUAGUAAGAAAAAUUAAAUUUUCUUACUGAAUAAGAAAAAUUAAAAAGAAAAAAAAAAGAGAAGAAGAAAAAAGAAGGAAGUUCAAGUUUUGAUGGAUCGUUUCGUAAUAUUUCACGUGAAAAUCACACGGACGAGACCGCGUAAUUCGCUUUAUUCGUUGAAUUUUGCGUGUGUUGUUAGAGAUACGCCGAUAGGGGCCGAGCGUAUUAUUAUUGUAAUAAUCGGUGAAUUUAGUAGAGACUUAUAAGGCCCAGAGACUUAUAAAUGUGUUGAAAUUUCACGUAGUAACACAGUGGUCGUAGAUUUACUCUCUCGUGGCAUAUCGUUAUUAGUGGAGGACGCCUCUAUAAAUGAAAAAAAAAAAAAAAUGAAAGAAAGAAAGAAAGGGAAAAAAAAGAUAUAAAUUUUUAAUUAUAAAACGACGAAAAAAUUUCUUAUUAAUUUUUUUUUUCUUUUUCCUUUUUUUUCCUUCUAUUUCGUCGUUCGUCAUUUUAAAAAUA